AUUUGAUUUAAAAAAUGUCAAAAUACAAAAAACGAAAAAAUAACAGAAGUGUACUAAGCAACUACUCUGAGAUGAGUAUCAAGAAACCUCACUCUAAAAGAUCUACUUCAAGUACAAAAUCUUUGAAAUAAGGUAAACCCGAUCACUAUCGGAAAUACUUCAGUGCAGGUGCCUGCCCUGCAGAAAUAAUUCAAAAUCAAAGAGGGCUUUUUCAAGGAAGAGGGACUUUUUGAAGGCGAUUUCUAAGAUUGAUAGGAUUAAGAAUAAGAUGAAGGAUAGGGAUAACAAAAAUCCAAAAGACUCCAAAGACACCUCAAAAAUCUACUCACCUCAAGACAUUGCUUUUCUUGAGCUCUCUAAAUCAGAAAUGCUAUCAAAAUACAAAUCUGCCAUUGCAUCUGAACAAAAAGCCAUCACAAAACUCCACAAACAACUCAAAAUUACAGACAAUUGUACUAACCCCGUUAAAGGAUGAGGUUUAUCACCAAGCGUUCUCUGUAAGAAGCUUAACUUAGGUAAUUAUUAACAUUUAAUUUUUAGCCAAGAAGUAAGCACUUUUAAAUUUUUGAAAUUCUCAAAAAUUU